UCCACAACUGCCGGCGGCUUUUGUUUUGAAAAAACACCAGAAAGUGCUGAAUAAAUGCUUCCGGACGGAAGAGCAUUUGUGUUUACAUCUCAUUUCAACACAAAAAAGUCACAACACUGUGGAUGUCAUCGCUUUAAUUAAUCGCAAUGAAGCUCAGGAUCCGGAUCAGAAAACAGACGUGCAGAGUGGAGUUAUCUAGUGAAGAACCCACUCUGGGGGAACUCACCGAUCACAUCAGGAACAACAUCCUGUCUCUCUCAGGACUCAGUGAAGGCACGGACUUCGGUUUGUCUCUGAACGGCUCGGAGAGCCUGACAGACACUGGACAGACGCUGUCGUCCUACGGUAUUGUCUCUGGAGAUUUGAUCUGCGUCGUUCUGCCUGAGUCUGCUGCCGUUGCCACACUUACUGCCCCAUCAGCUCCUGCCCCCUCCGCCUCAAACCCCCCCACCAUGAACAGCUGCUGCAGUGAGAGCCAGCAGGCCUCCACCAGCGGCAGCAGCAGCAGCUGUACUGCGGCACAGACAGAAUCGAUGGAUGUUACUCCGACACCAGAGGGCGUCGCUGACUCCCAACUUCCAGUCUCCAGCUGGGAGCCAAUGCUGUGCAGCGAGGCAGAGGACGGAGUGGCUCCUCUGUCUCUGGAGCUGCUUUACAUCUCCGCCCAGGUUACAAGUCCCAGUGACGCCAUCAUGGUGGCAGGUCACCUGCUGAUGACGGAAACUGGGUUCAUUCCUCAGGUGGAUGAGCUGAAGCAGGGCCAGAUGCCAGAUGGGUGGAGGUCAGCAGGUGGAGUCUGCAAACUUCACUACACCCAUCCUCUGUGUGAAAACAGCGUGGCCACUUUGACAGGGGUGACGAUGGGUCCCAUCCUCAUCAUCCACGCCACUUUAAAGAUGACCGACUCUGUCAACGCCGCUUUCAAACUUCAGCUGAGUCCCUGCAGCUACGUGACAAACGAGUGGGCAGGACAAAGUGCAGCCACGGCCUUCAAAGAUCUGAGGAAACUGUCUCGAGUCUUCAAAGACCAGCUGGCGUACCCGCUGAUCGCUGCUGCCAGACAAGCGAUGGCGCUGCCCGUGGCAUUCGGCCUGGCUGCCCUUCCUCUGGAGCUCCUCCUGAGAAUUGUCCGCCUGCUGGACGUUCGCUCCGUGGUCCGUCUCUCAGCCGCGUCCCAACAGUUCAGAGCCGCCACUGCCGACUGGACGCUGUGGAGACACCUCUGUCGCAGAGACUUCCCAGGUGAGGCCCAUGGACCAUCUUCAGACACAGACUGGAAAGAGAUCUAUAAGACCUUGUACAAACGCCGAGCUCAGGAAUCCUCUGUCCUUCGCCCCGGUUACCUCCCCAUGCCUUAUGGCUUCGAGCCGCCGGGCUUCCUGUACGACAUUUUUGUCCCUCCUUGUCCUCCGCUGGUGCCCGGCAUCAUCGGUGGUGAGUAUGACAUGAGACCCAUCCUGCCCUCCAACAUGCUGCCCCGCCCUCGCUACGAUCCAAUCAACCCCCUGUCUGGACAUCAGCAUCGUCCCCCGCGAGAUGACCUCUUGGGCCGGCGAUCUUUAAGAGGACGAUCUGCAGACAUACGGCGAGGUUUUAUCUGAGGCUGUAAAGGUUAAAUGUCUCUGAAAUAAUGAAAUGCACCCUUGGAAUUAUCAGCAGGAUAUUGACACUGGAUCAGCCACAGAAGGUCAGAUUGAAAGAACAGAUUUUAUUUUAUUAACAAAAGACUUGUCUAACCAGACCUCAGCUUCCAGUUCCAACACCUUAAUAUCAUGUCUGUAAAACAACUAAGAACAGCAACAUUAGCCUUUCUUUUGUCUAAAACCAUUAAAAACAAAGCUGUGUGGAAAAUGACUGCUAUAGUUUCAAAAUAAAAGUUUUGGAUUUUUAUUUUGUAUUUGCGACAGGAGAAGUUUCUCAGAUGGUGGACUAAUGUGUUUAAAGCCGACUUUGGUGACUUAAAAAUCACAGAUAACUACAAUUUAAAUGUGAUAUUUUGUUACUUCAACCUUGAUGGAUUGGCAGCAGUGACCCACAUUAUCUACAGCAGACAACUUUAAACCUACAAUCCCUGUGUUUCCAUAUUCUUAAUACACUGAUUUGAUCUUUGGGCAGUUUGUCAUCAUGUCUACAUUAUACUGAUGGCUAAUGGAACCACAAGACAAAAAUGCACUUUGUCACUGUUUAUUUGCUUGUGAAGUUGGUGAUAAUGAUUGUGUAACAGACAGCAUUUUGAUAAAAUAAGUAUUAAAAUGUGUUGUGUAAGACUUUGUCCUAGGUUUUGUGACAGCCCAAAAGGUCUUUGGCCUGGAACGCCUCCACGAGCUGUAACGCUGCAGCUUCUUCGGUCAUUUGGCAUAAUAUUUUUUUUUUCUGACUGAGACGCACUAUAACUGAUUUCUUUUACUGUAGGAACCAGUGCUGAUAACAGUUUUACAUAAAGAGAAAAGGCUACGAUAAAUGCGACAUGGUUAAUGUGUCUACGAAACAGCAAUAAAACAUUAGUUGGGUUUUUAUCGCUACCUUACAGUACGAAUAAAGUUAAUCAUAACAAAAA